AAGUCAUCUGAAACAAUGGAGAAUUUGUUGAAGCAGACGAGGGGGAGAUUUUCCGGUGCCGGACAGGACAAAACAGAAGAGUCGAUCAGAAACCAAAGGAUACCACCACAAAAAACUCAAUCUUUCAAACGAGAGAAGAGAACCCAGAACUGGUUUCGAAGACCAUUUUCGGGCAAGACGAUGAGUUCGAAUGAUGAUUCAGACCAUAAACCGGAGCAAGUACUUGCAGUUGCAGCUGCUACAUAUGUCAUUAACUCAAUUGCAAAACCAAGCAUCCAAGAUCAGAAAAAGAGCAGUUCAGGUCUUGAACCCUCGUUGAUCAGAGAUAAGAGCAGAAAGGAAGAUAAGUCAUCUUCAAUAUCGGAAGCUGGCACUAUAUACGAACGAUUCUCAGGUAAAGAUCCAAAGCAUGAGAAACUGAAUCCUGAUAUCCAUGUUUUAAGAGAAUCAUGA